UAAACUGAAAGUAAAGUAAUCCAAGAGAAAACAGGCGUCGCGUACACAGAGCUUCAAGCAGGAAAUCGAGACAAGCAAAUGAAGCUGCGCUCUUUUUCCACGUAUUGCUAUAAAGAAGAGCAAAGAAGAAGAGCCACUUAUAAAGAUAACAAGUGUAGCCAAAGCAAGAAAUGAACCGACUACGAGAAGAGGUGGAGCUGGAGAAGAAUGUCAGGCGACUCAGGGAGAAGUUUCACGGGAAGAUCGCCAUCGACAAGGCAACCAUACUCAUGCGACGCUAUGGCAACAACCAUCGCGUGGUCGCCAUGGACAUCAUCUUAAUGAAGGAUAGAGACCUGGAUGACGAGGACCGGGAAAAUCUGCAGAACGAUGAGGUGGCCAGGAACGUUGUCGAGAGACUCGAGGCUGAAGAGCAGGCGGGAGGUCAAGACCAACCACAGCCGCGGCAACCGCGGCCCCGACCAAGGAGAGCGCCACGAGAGGACCGUGAUAUCAACGAUGUGGCUGAGCAGCUCCGGACUCUGCCUCUGACGCAAGAAAACCUGCGCAUGUUUGACAACGCGCAGCAGAACCUCAUGAUCUCGGUUCUGUGCCAGUUCGCAUGCCAGGCGUGUGACUUUGACUGGUGGCGCCGUGUCCCUGAAAGGAAGAAGGUGUCCCGCUGUCGUAGGUGUAAGAGGAAAUAUGACGCAGUGCCGCCUGACAGGAUGUGGGGCCUCGCCGAGUUCCAAUGCGGCAACUGCGGGCGCAGCUUCAGAGGUUUCGGCCGGAUGGACUUGGGGUCUCCUUGCUACACGUGCCGUUCUCUAGUCACCCCAACGCGAAUUCUGCCUCCCGGCCGAAGACUCGUAGGACUGGGCUUCAGAAGGGCAAACCAGCACAGCUGCCUGGCUGAGGACUGCUACAACAGACAAGAACCCCACGUCCCGGGUACAGAGUGCGUCCACCCACGCAGUCGCAUGAUGAACCGAAAGCCACGCAUAGUGAACCCCAGCGAGGUGCACAUCAGCUCAGGCUCGACGGUGAACACCUGUUUGAGCCAGGGAAGCCUGAUGGACCUGUACGAGAUCCUUCUGGAGGACAUCCAAGAGGAGCGGCACGGCGAGGAAGAAAGCGGCUCGGGCGGCCCGAGCGGUUCGGAGGCACGCAGCAGCUCCAGCAGCAGCAGCAGUAGCCAAGACUAGAAGUGCCGUUUUGAAAGGGAGCGCAUGGAUCCGUGCAGAGACCUAACCCUAAAUUGCUAACUGAUCACACUUGGGCAUGGGGACCCAGAUUCCAAAAAUGUUAUCUACCCAGCAAUAAAUAUUGGGUUGUACUUAA